AUGAAGAAAGAGCUGAAUAGGAAUUACUCAGAACUGACAGAGUUUAUUCUGCUGGGAUUCAGAACAUCUCCAGAUGUACAGAUUUUUUUAUUCUUAUUCUUCUUGCUUAUCUACAUGGUCAUUGUGGUGGGAAAUAUCAGCAUGAUAAUUGCCAUUAAAAUAGACUCCAGACUUCAUACGCCUAUGUAUUUCUUUCUCAGAAAUUUGUCCUAUUUAGAUCUCUGCUACUCCACAGUCAUUGCUCCCAAAACUCUGGCUACUUUCUUGUCCACGGACAAGAAAAUUUCCUACAAUGGCUGUGCAACACAAUUCUUUUUCUUCGCUCUUUGUGUUGGGACUGAAGGCUUUCUUCUAGCCGUGAUGGCAUAUGAUCGCUUCUCAGCCAUUUGCUCGCCCUUCCUCUAUACUGUACAUAUGUCUCAGCAGGCUUGUAUUCGUUUAGUGUUUGGCUCCUAUAUCUGUGGAGGCAUCAACUCCAUGGUCCAAACAGGUUUCACCUUCAGUUUGCAUUUCUGUGGAGAAAACCGACUAGACCACUUUUUCUGUGACGUCCCAGCCCUGAUCAAGAUCUCAUGUGCUGACACGUCUGUGAAUGAGAUUGUGCUGUACAUUCUCUCUGCCCUCAUCAUCAUCACCACCACAACUGUCAUUGUGGUUUCCUAUGCUUACAUCCUGUCCACCGUCCUGAAGAUCCCCUCGACCCAUGGCAGGGGUAAGACCUUCUCCACUUGCAGCUCUCACAUUACCGUGGUGAGCUUAUUCUAUGGGACGGUGUUCUUCAUGUAUGCCCAGCCUGGGGCCAUCUCCUCACCACAGAAAAGCAAGAUUAUAGCUGUGUUCUAUACUUUUAUCAUCCCCAUGUUGAAUCCACUGAUUUAUAGCCUAAGGAACAGGGAGGUGAAACAUGCUGUGAAAAGGAUACUGUUGAGAAAAUUAUCUUUUCAUUGA